AUGUCCGGCUACGACCAGUACAACCAGGGUGGCUACGGCCAGCAGCAAGGCUAUGGUGGCCAACAAGGCUACGGUGGCCAGCAAGGCUACGGCCAACAGCAACAGUACGGUCAGGGUCAAGAGGGCUACGGCCAGCAAGGCUAUGGCCAGCAGCAGGGUUCUUCCGACUACUCCGGCCAGCAGCAACAGGGCUACGGCCAGCAGCAGGGUGGUGGUUCUUCCGACUACUACUCCGGCCAGCAGCAGCAAGGCUAUGGCCAGCAGGACCAGAACCGCCAGGGUGGCUAUGAGCAGCAGCAGGGUGCUCCCGGUGAGGCCCAGGAGGGCGAGCGUGGUCUUGCCGGCGCCCUCGCUGGUGGUGCUGCCGGUGGCUUCGCUGGCCACAAGGUCAACCACGGUUUCCUCGGAACAAUCGGUGGAGCCAUCAUUGGUAGCAUUGCUGAAGACGCUGUCAAGAAGCACCGCAACAGCGACAACCAAUCUCCUCCUCAGUACGGUGCCCCCCCUCCCAACGGUCAAUAUGGCGGCGGCCCUCCUUCCCACAAUGGUAGCGGCGGCUCCAUGAUGGAUCAGCUCGGUGGCUUCUUCAAGAAGUAG